CACCGCAGCCAUACAAAAUGCCGGAAGGUUGUACACAGUGUCGGGGUGCAAAUUUCGUCGCGGGCUCACUCAAGCUGAAUGCAAAUUCAAACGGAGGUGCCGGCGGGACGACGACUUCGCCAACCUCCGAACCUUCAACAGGGAGAGUCCAAGUACGAGCAAAAAUUCUUUAUGGAUCUGGAAAAGCCAUCGCCAACAUGCAGGCUCAGGAACGGGCCACGAGGCACUGACGGGACCCGUUUUCAUCGUCCUUUUACUGGCAUCACCGACCUUCGCACGCAACACAAAAUACAACGCAUCGAGUUCUCCUUCCUCCAUCGAAAUCGGAGCCGAUACAAAUGGCCAAGAAGUACAAAACACACUAACACCCACCGAAGCGAAAACCAAAGAACUAGCCAAGGCUGAAACAAAUCCAACCAGGACUCCAGGAACCAGCGAUGACGUUACAACGCACCAUGGUGCCGCAGGUUUCGGCGUGAAUAACAGCGAGCAGGAAUCAACGACAGCCAGAAUCCUGAAAUCAGACAACGGAGCGGUGACCUCUUCGUCGAGGAUCACGAGUGGGAAUAACCAAAGCGUAAAAUUUAUCCCCGUUGGGAAAGACUUGACGAACGUUUCAAAAAACGGAGCAAUUGAGAACAACUUGUCCGCGAAGAGUAAGCCUGUUCCUUACCCCGUGAGAAGAGACUUGGGGCAUUUGGAAUCGCAAGAAAAAGGAGCCGGAAUCGAGUCGGAGUUUAUGAAGGUCUCGACAGUGAAUGGCAAGGCAUCCUCUAAAACGUUCCCGCGGACUUUGAACCCCUACCGUGAAACUCCUGACAACCUUUCCAAGAUUCUACUCUACCCUAUCAACGGUACAACCGCCGUUUACCGCGAGACAACCUUCAAGCCAAUUUUGCCGGACGGGUUGAUAAAGAAGACGGUAGACGCGAACAAUGGCCAGGAUGACAGCUAUCUUCCAUUUUCGAGUUGGAGUAGGAUGGCUGCUGAAGAUAUAGACGUCAGAAAACCAGACGACGAGAGGCACGUGCCCGCCAAUGAGAACCUCGAGUCAAUAGACGCAGAUGUCAUCGAAGCUACCAACUUCGGGCUCGAGGCCAUGAACAACCUGUACUACAUCACCGAGCCAAAACUAUUCUCAAUGGGAUUGUUUCUAACCGACGACAACCCAGCACACUACGUAGCCGCGUUCAACGAUCAGUCUGAAGAAGCCAGACAGCUUGCGAGAUUCGGAUUUGCCGCGCUUGAAAGCGCCAAAUCGUUUGUUAGCAAACAUCCAAAAAUAAGCAGAACGGAGACACUCAUUAAAACCACACGACGCACGGCGCUCCAUCGUCAAUGUCCUCGACGGGGAAUUCCCCCGUGUCCUCCGGCAAGCCUGAGAUAUCGCACGAGCGACGGUAGCUGCAACAACCCGAAUGAACUUUGGUGGGGUUCAGCUAUGUCGGCAAUGCAAAGGCUUCUAAAUGCUGCCUAUGAUGACGGGAUUCAAUCCAUUCGCAGAUCUACGAAUGGAACAUUGCUACCGAGUGCCAGAGAAAUAUCCAGCUUUAUUCACCAAGACCACGAUAUUCCUCUGGCUUCUGUUACUCACAUGUUGAUGCAGUGGGGGCAAUUUGUCGAUCAUGAUGUCACCGCAACCGGACAGGGCAGAGCUUUCAACGGAACUGUUCCUCAAUGUUGUUUGAACGGAGGAGGAUCUUUCCAGCCUCCAGAUUUCAUGCAUCCCGAGUGUCUGCCCAUUCCUGUACCGGCUACGGACAGGUUCUACGGUCCUCUGGGUGUGAGAUGUUUAGAAUUUGUUCGAAGCGGACCAGCGCCACGUGAGGACUGUGGAUUCGGUCCCAGGGACCAACUCUCCGGGGUUACGAGUUACUUGGAUGCGUCCACCGUAUAUGGCAGCAACGUACAGACAAGCGACAGUCUAAGACUCUUCAGGAAUGGCCUUCUACAAUACGGAAAAAUUCAAUCGAGGAAGCCCCUACUUCCCAGACAGGGAAGUGAUCUAUGCAGACGUGGGUCUUUAGACACAAACUGCUUCCGAGCAGGAGAUGGUCGACUUACUGAACAGCCGGCGUUGAUAUCAUUGCACGUUAUAUUCCUCCGGCAACACAAUAGAAUCGCGACCGAAUUGGCAGCACUGAAUCCACACUGGAGCGAUGAAAAAUUGUUUCAAGAAACAAGACGAAUUAUCGGAGCCAUUGUACAGCAUAUUACGUAUCGCGAAUUUCUCCCCAUUGUAUUAGGUCCCGAAGUCAUCAAAGCUUUCGAUUUGGAAAUUAAGAGGAAAGGGUACUACGAAGGGUACGAUUCCACGGUCAACCCGAAUAUAGCUAAUGCUUUCGCUGCUGCGGCCUAUCGAUUUGGUCACUCUUUGGUUCAGCGUAGUUUUGUCAGAUACGAUACUAAUCAUCGUCCAAUAUUCAACAACGUUACAAUCCAUGAUGAAUUCAACAAUCCUGUGAACCUCCACACCGUUGGUGCCUUAGACCGUCUUCUUCUCGGUCUAAUAAACCAGCCAUCUCAAAAAAGAGACGAGUUCAUAACAGAAGAAUUGACAAACCACUUGUUCGAAACCCCGGGUUUUGGAUUCGGGAUGGACCUUGCCUCUUUGAACAUCCAGCGAGGAAGAGACCACGGGUUGCCACCUUAUGUAGACUGGCGCGAACCCUGCGGUCUGUCGCCAGUUAGAAUCUGGGAAGAUUUGAAUCGUGUCAUGCCAGCGUCGGUAGCAAAGAAAUUUAGAUUUCUCUACUCCUCCGUCGAAGACAUAGACCUGUUCCCAGCUGGAUUAUCUGAAAAACCAGUUCCCGGUGGGCUUGUGGGGCCAACGUUUGCCUGCAUAAUUGCACAGCAGUUCAGCAAUCUUCGUAAGGGAGAUAGGUUCUGGUACGAAAAUCCAAAUAGAGAGAGUAGUUUCACCGCCGCACAGCUACAGCAGAUCAAGCGCAUCACACUUGCGCAAAUAUUGUGUAAAAGUACGGAAAGCAUUGAAACUAUUCAGCCGUUCGUCUUUUUGACACCAGACACGGCAAGGAAUGACAGAAUUCCAUGCGACACUGAGAUCAUUGGUACUUUUAACUUAGAUCCCUGGGCUGAGAGAUUGCCACCAGAACAACGAUCCAAACACAGAAAGAGAACAAGAAUUAGCUCAACGAUUCGUAAGGAAAACAGAAGAAACAAUCAUCUGAAAGACGAAACUAACGAUAGCAAUUCACAAGCCGAAUUAAUCAGUCCAACCGUAGAACAUGAAAGCGCUGAAGCGCAAGCAAGAGUCAGCUCAGAGGAAAAGUCGUUCUUCCCAUUUUUUAAACCGGUGAGGACUGGUGUGAAUCAGCAAAACAAAGUUGUGAUAAGACGGCCCUUGGAUACGCAUGAAAAUCUUACCAUACUUGUGCAAAACCACGCGGUGAACUCACCGGUUUUUGUAAGUGAUUCAAUAAAAGGGAGCAAUUUUCAGUUCACCCAGUCCAACGAUGAUCGGUACAAGCCGAACUACGUAUCGACUGCCAGGCCGAUUGAGAGACCAGUGACAUACGACGACUGGUACACGUCGCCAAGGCCGAUCUACUAUGACGACACUGAGCCCAACCCCGUUUCCAUACCGCAGAUGACCCAUAGGCCAGUGCCAAGGCCUAAACCGAAGCCUCAAUCGAAGCCAUCGAGCUAUGGGAACCCCACAUCUUACCCGAGACCUUACAUCCCACAGGGUUUUAAUGACCCCAGCAAUCCGAACCCCCCAAACUACGGUUUCGCUUCUCGACCAACAAACAACUAUGCGCCGAGCAAUUCUUUUUUCGAUGCGUUUCCCGCCACCACAACUCAGAGACCAACUCUUUACACUUUUUAUACGACUUACAAAAAGCCCAUCCCGACACAACGUCCCGAUCCCUACUAUUAUGAACAAAACCGACCUCAGAGUGACAAGAACCAGUAUCAUCAGUACCAGCAGCAUGAUUCUUUCUCGGAACCCCAGGGUUACCAUGAGCCUUCUAAUCCAUCUACCCCUUCCUAUUCCGUGGUGAAGCCGGUCCAUGAAGCUGACGAUCAAAUCGUUCCCCAGAAACCGAUCUACGACCAAAGCUGGACCUCGGAUACGACCUACGAAUACAGUUGGAACAGUAGACCAAGUCAAAGUGAUACUGGGGGGUGGGCUGAUGUUUCUGUUGAACCCUUAGUUAAGCCAUCUUACGGAAAACCGUCGCAAACCAGACCGGCAUCUCCACCGUCGAGACCGGAUGGUGGGUAUUGGACUGAGUAUUCGGCAACAACGAAGAAGUAUCUUACGCCCCAUCAUUACUACGACACAGAGUAUCAGAUACACAAUGCCGAGGCGAACAUCAACCCCAGACCGUUCAAAAAACAGGGCGUUAGCAUAAUCACUGAGAUCGAUAACGGAAGUCAUUACCCCAGCAAACAGAGACAACCGGUUCAGAAUGAGAGGGACAUUCCAAAACCGUUGCACCAGGUGGGACGUGAUCACCCUGCUGACGUUGCAGAACACAAGAAUACGUACGAGAUUGAAUUGAUCCAUCAAAUUUCAGACGAACGAAAGAGACCAGGACAGCUGUACUACGAAAAAAAUGUUUUGCACCGGUAUCCGGACGAAAACUUAACUGCAAUUAAAGAUAUAAGUAACGGCUAUGUCAAUGCGCCGUAUGAUUUGAAUAAAAACAUUGGCAGUUACAAAAACAAACACGACGGGAUCAUAGUCGACAGAAUUAUUUUUGACAGUAAAUACCAAAUCGAAAAAUUGGAUCCUAACAGAGGCGGAGGUCCUGGUCCAACGGCAGACAUGGAGACAAAAGCCCAAGUGUCUCGCGAUGAACCUAAGCUGACCACCACAGCUACAAUCGUCCUGGAGGAGCCAGACAGUGAGUACUACGACGGUGGAGAUGACUACGACGAUGACGAGGGGGAAGAAAUGGUUGGCGCGUAUUCAGAAAAAUCAGAACACUUUGUUGCCUCAGAUAUACUGACAAGUCACAUCGAAUGGAUAAACGUGAACGAGAAUUGUAGCUUAACAUCAAACCCUGAAAUGCCGAACCUCGUGUCUGAUGGACUCGUUGGUACCAGGGAAAUACCCAAGCCUUUGAAACAACGUAAGCCAGCCUCAUAGAAUGCAGCGUUCAUCUCGCUGGAAUUUAAGAAUUAUACCUAUAAAUCAAUUGAUCGUGGAAUUGAUAAAUUCAUGAUUCAGCGAUCAUUGGCUUGUACUUACACUAGAUUAGAAAUCGUAUUACUUAACUCCAUUAAACCACUAUUUAUUAUAUCUAGGUAUACGAUAUGUGUGUACAAUAAUUUCAAUAAAAAAUCAACUCCAUCGUUUAUCCAUUUCCCAAUACUAUAUUACGGUCUGAGAGAAAUGCUGUAAGUUGAUUAUGAUUCACUGCGUGAUUUGGUUUUUGUACUCUUGAUUUCUGUAUCCUAAUGUAUUAGAAUCCAGUAAAUUUACUAAAUGGCUCCUCAGGUCUUCACGUUUAACUCACCAAUUUCUAGAAGCUUGUUAGAUUUAGGUCGUGCCAACAAUUGCUAUACAUGCCUGAUUAAAAUAAUUAUUUUUAAUAACACUCGGGUUAGAUACACAUUUAUUUACACAAUAUCCUGAAAGUUCUUAGUGGUAAGGUUUACAAUAUAUGCUUCAAUUAAAUGAUGGCUAUCACUUACCACAGUCAUACAACUGUUAAUGAGUGUCGGAGGUUCUCAAUACAAAUUCUAAGAUUUUUAUUCUGUUCUCUAUGAUUUUUAAAAGGUUCUGUUCUGUAAAACGUUUAAAUGUCUUCUAUAUCGGGUUGGACGGAUCAAAAGGUAGGAGUUCAAAAAGAGUCGCGUUUUCUCGCGAGCCUAAGAUGGUUGACUAAGACUGUUCAAGAUCAGUGAUCGCCCAUCGCGUCAAGUGCACAAAAACAAAAAAAAACGCGUGCAGGCCUACGUACUAUCUUUUUCCACGAUGAGAAGCCUUCUAGUCUCCCCAGCCAAAUUAUUAUCACAUAUUUCGCCCCUCUCACAAUGAAAUUCGAUAUUUGACAAGAUCUGUACUAUUCUAGAUCUUUAGAGCAUUCAUCUAAGCCAUAUAUCAAUACGAUCGAUGUACAGAGAGCCAAAAUAUACCACUUGCAAGAUUUCCAACA